GCCACACGACAGCGGAUGUAGCAGCAGCAGCAGCAGUCGAUUCUACAGUUUAUCGGCAACCAUGUAGCUCUGCCAGCCUUUCUAUCUCCCCCUGACGAGGUGAAGUAUCAUGUCUUCACAUUUAUCCAUGUUGCAAUAAAGUAGUGUCAAAAUGUGUGCGUGAGGAGAAGCGGAAAUUACAAGACGAAGGAGUCGAAACAGACGCCUGUAAAAUAUCUGCCCUCCUGGACGUUUUGAAGGGACACUGGAGAUUUAAGAGCCUUUGUGGUCGUUUCAUCUGCCUCUGAAAUGACUACAUUUGGACGGGUACGUGCAUAAGUCAGGUGAAAAGGUGUGUAAAGGAGACCGGGGGGUUCGUGUUUUCACCGCCGGGGCUGCCUGGUUUAUCCGCGUUACCGCCCCGUUUUUUCUCCUCUGUAUCGUCACAGCACGGGAAGACAGACAGGAGAAGACUGGAGAUACCGUGCUGUGUGUGGAUUAUAACCAAGACCAGUUUACACCAUGGGGAAUACAACCUCCUGCUGCGUGUCCUCCAGCCCCAAACACCGGAGGAACAACCACUCCAGGCUCGAACCCUACCGGCCGGAGCCGGAGCUGAGCCGGGAGGACACGGGCUGCAACCUCCAGCACAUCAGCGACAGAGAAAAUCUAGACGAUCUGCCGAUGGAGUACAAUCCCUCAGAUCAUCCCCGGGCCAGCACCAUCUUCCUCAGCAAGUCACAGACUGACGUUCGAGAAAAAAGGAAGAGCCUUUACAUCAAUCAUUUUACACAUAUAUCGGAGAGCAAGCAUCAUCCAGGCCCAGUGAGACGGAAGUACAGCUCAUGCUCCACCAUAUUCCUCGAUGACAGCACCGUCAGUCAGCCCAACCUCAAAUACACCAUCAAAUGUGUAUCUCUUGCAAUAUACUACCACAUAAAGAACAGGGAAGUCGACGGGAGAAUGGUGUUAGACAUUUUCGAUGAAAAGCUGCAUCCGCUUACGAAGUCAGAAGUUCCUCAAGAUUAUGAAAAACACGACCCCGAGCAGAAGCAGAUUUACCGCUUUGUGAGGACGCUGUUCAGCGCCGCACAGCUCACCGCUGAGUGUGCCAUCGUCACAUUGGUGUACUUGGAGAGGCUCCUGACCUACGCUGAGAUCGACAUUUGUCCUGCGAACUGGAAACGCAUCGUGUUAGGAGCCAUCCUGCUGGCAUCCAAGGUGUGGGACGACCAGGCGGUCUGGAACGUCGACUACUGCCAAAUUCUCAAGGACAUCACAGUGGAGGACAUGAACGAGUUGGAGCGUCAGUUUCUGGAGCUGCUGCAGUUCAACAUCAACGUGCCGUCCAGCGUCUACGCCAAGUAUUACUUUGACCUGCGCUCGAUGGCUGAGGCCAAUAACCUCAGCUUCCCCCUGGAGCCCCUCAGCAGGGACAAGGCCCAGAAACUAGAGGCCCUCUCACGGCUCUGUGAUGAUAAAUACAAGGACUUGAGGAAACAGGCCAAGAAGCGGUCUGUGAGCGCCGACAACCUGACGGUGGUGCGGUGGUGUCCAGCCAUCAUUUCCUAACACCGACCGCCUGCAGCACGGAGAUACACCGGUGAUACAAACUGAACUGUGUUCCUGCCUGGUCAGCAGGUUAAAACCAGGUGGGCUGCAGUCCUGUGGAUCAGAGGGUGGAUCACACACACACACACACACACACACACACACACACACACACACACACACACACACACACACACACACACACACACACACACACACACACACACACACACACACACACACACUCACACAAUCUGGCACUUUGAUAAGUGUGACUGCACUCUCUCUGGUUCUUGUACAUAAAAGAAGUCCCACUGGGUGCCUGCACUGAACCAAACAGAGCUGAGCUGAACCAAACUGAAGAGUGAGAGUGAAAGUUGUUCGAAUGAAAGCUGCAGAAGAAGAAGAAAGGAGGCCAAACAGAAGUAGAGCCGGCGAUACGAGAGACUGUGUGAAGAAGACGACAGCGUCCCAUAAUCCCCUCUGAGGCUCGACUGCGGCUGAUUGAGGGAGUCAGCUUGUACAUUCCUUUAUUUUAAUCUCCUGCUUCAGUUUCUCAGCCGAGGCAGGACAUGUUUUGUUGACAGCUUACAGGCACAUUAUGAAAUUCUGAAAGGCUCAAUUCCUAAAUUUGCUUUCUUGUUUGUGUUUUUUCUGCUCCUUUGCAUUCUUCACCCUGCAGAAAUGUCUGCUGCACAUCCAACAUACACAAAGAAACAAAUACAUGUUCAUUCCACUGCUGCUGUUGUGUGUUUACAGUUGAUAAACUGGACAACAUAUCAUGACACAGUCCACAGUAUUUAUUGACAUUAUAGCCAUAAAAGUCAAUAUCAUUACAUUGAGAAAGUCAGUGUGGUUCGCUCUGGGCCGUUUUUACAGGAGUGGGGAAUUUAAACUGAACCAUUCCACUUACUGAAUCGUUUCUCUGAAGGCGUGUUCUGACCAAAAAUGAGGUGUGAUUUCAUACAAGGUAACUGCAAAAUUUGCCCUGGCUGAUUCUAAACUCUACUUUGUUGUAGAUUUGUUGAGUCUCUCAAUCUAAACUCCAUUAAAAAAAAACAAGCAAUUUAAAAUGUGUUUGUUUUCGUUUUGCAGUGACAACUGACAAAGCAUUAAAUUGUACUUUUCCCAAAUCUGCAUCAUGAUUCGGUCAUUUCUGCAUCAUUUUUAACCCAUUAAUUACAAAUAGAUCACAUGAAAAUCCACUGUAGUACGACAGAUUUCAGCUGACGUGUGAGCCGUGUUAUCGUUAAAACUGUCACUCAGCAGAGACAGAUGGACCGGGGGUGGGGGUCUGCAAACUGAAUCAGAACAUAGAGAACCUGGUACUGAUCCCCCCCCAACAGGUCAUCAAACGGGGCACUGGUCAGCCUCAAGUAGGCAGAAAAGUUCAUCCAGACACAGAAUUCAUGCCGGCAUUUCAUUUCCCAAACGUUUCUAAAAAGGAAAAAUUAAUUUGACCCCUACAUGUAAAAGACAGUAAGGCAACGAUUAGCUUCACUUUUGGUCUCAGCACAUUUUCGCCCUAGGACCAUCCAGCCCCGCCUCCAAUCACAUGAAGCAGCAUCCAUGCAUUGCUUUGUUGUUGUGCUGACAUGUGGCGGUGAAAGCGUGCACACUUGGGAGAACCCGGACUGGAAGACGGCGUGAGACAUACUCUGGAGCUCAUGUGGUGUACUUCUUAAUUCACUGCCAUCGUCCUGACCUGUGGUGCCUGUAAUAAGCUACUUUAUCACUUCUCCUCUUUCUACUGGAGGAACAGAACAAAUCAAUUUAAAGUCUGUUUUCUUUUUUUUUUUGUACGGUUCUUCCAGCUUACACGUAAACAGCACAAGUGAAGUAUUGACAUUUAGGAGCCACUCAAAGCUUAAAGCAUGAUUCUUCAGGGUUCAUUUUGUUGUUCUGAGGACUGAAACGAAUAAAAGAGCAUUAACUCAAACCCUGCUUUCAAAAAGAUCGAUUGUAUACCUUUUGCUAAAUUGUCUCUGUAAAGUGUAAAUACAGUGCGCGUGUGCAGAAUCUGUAGACUUACAUUGUACUGUAAAAAAACAACAGAAUAAUGUUAGAAUAUUUAUAUGGAGUCAGUUUUUACUGUACAUGUUGGGGGCACUUCAUAUGUUGAUGACACAUCGAGUAAAGGCGAAGGAGGAUCGUUAAGAUUUGAA